AUGGCCAGGCGCGGUGCGGGGACGCCCUUGCUGCUGCGGCUCUCCCUGCUCCUGCUCCUCCGCCUGGGCGGGACCCUCGGCUGUGCCUCGGUGGACGUGGGCUCGCCCGUCGUGCUGCUGGGGUCGGCCGUCACGGCGUCCUGCAGCGUGCGCAGCAGGCUGUGCCGCGGGCUGGAGGGCAGGCAGGUCCGGAUCUCCUGGAUGCUGGACAACGAGACGGUGGCCGGGAGCCAGUGCUGCGGCGCGGGGGACACCGAGGUGUCCAACCUGACCCUGGCCCAGUUCAACCGCACGCAGGCCAAGCUGUGGUGCUGGGUGGAGUGGAACGGGACCAAGCAGCGGGUCGGCCUGGCCGAGAUCCGGGCGGGCUACCCCCCUGCCAAGCCCUCCAACCUCAGCUGCCUGCUGAACCUCAGCGACUACGGGCUGACGUGCCGCUGGGAGCCGGGAGCCGACAGCCACCUCCCCACCAGCGUCGCGCUCAAGUGCUCCACGAGCAGAGCCCCGGCGGUGACGGGCUGCACCCCGCAAGGUGGCCUCAGCCACUGCACGGUGCCGCGGCGGCUGCUGCAGCUGUACCGGCAGAUGGAGAUCUGGGUGGCCGCCUCCAACGCGCUGGGCACGGCCGAGUCCGAGCACCUCCGCAUCGACCCCAUGGACGUCGCCCAGCUGGACCCCCCAGCCCUGCGGAGCAUCCAGUCCGUGCCCCCCCAGACUGACUGUGUCGCCCUGGCCUGGGCGGUGGCGCCGAGCAGCGCGCACAUGGAGCUGCGGUGCGAGCUGCGCUACCGGCCCCCCGAGGACCCCGCCUGGGCGCUGGUCACCGGCAUCGUCGGCCAGGCCGGCACGGCGCAGUGCUGUGGGCUCCUCUUCGGGACGCGUUACCUCUUCCAGAUGCGCUGCCGGCGGCACUCGGCGCGCGGCCACUGGAGCGAGUGGAGCGCGGCCAGGAACCACACCACCCAUGAGAAAGCCCCCGCGGGGAAGCUGGAUGCUUGGUGGAGCACGCGGCCGGACCCGGCGGGCAGGAGGAUGGAGGUGCAGCUGCGGUGGAAGGCCCCGCGGCAACGGGAGGCAAACGGGCGUUUGCUGGGGUACCGCGUGGCUCUGGGGCCCAGGAGGAGAGGCAGGGAGCCCCCGACUGUCUGCAACACCUCUGACACCCACUGCGACUUCACCGCCCCGGCGGGGACCAGGAGGCUCUACCUCUCAGCCUACAACGCCGCCGGCGAGUCGGCAGCGACCGAGGUCGUGCUCCUGGAGAGGAAAGGUCAGCCCCUGGCUGGGCUCCGGGCCGUACCUGGAGGCGAGCGCAGCCUCUGGGUGCGCUGGGAGGCACCCACGGCCCCGGUGGCCGCCUACGUGCUGGAGUGGCAGCGGGUGGCCUCGGAGCCCGGCCGCUGCAGUGCCUGCUGGCAGAUGGAGCGCAACGGGGCCGCCACCGCCUCCCUCAUCCAUGACGGCAUCGAGCCCUUCCAGCAGUACAACAUCUCGGUGUGCCCCCUCUACAAGGAUGCCGUCGGGACGCCUGCCCACACAGCAGCCUACUCCAGGCAGAAGGCACCAUCCCACGCCCCGAAGCUGCACCUGAAGAGCAUCAGCAAGUCCCACGCGGAGCUCUGCUGGGACUCGGUGGCCGUUGAGCUGCAGAACGGCUUCAUCACCAACUACACCAUCUUCUGGGCCAACAGCACCGCCGAGGUGGCCAGUGCCGUUGUGAACUCCUCUUUCAAUUCCUUCAUCAUCCGGGACCUGAAGCCAUCAACCCUCUACAAAGUGCACAUCAUGGCAUCCACGGUCGGCGGCAGCACCAACAGCACCAGCCUCACCCUGGUGACCAUGGUGCUAGAUGACAUUGAAAUCCAGAUCCUCUUCCUGACCCUGGGGCUGAUCUUUGUCCUGCUCAUAGUCCUGCUGAUCUGCUUCCAGAAGAACGGGAGGGUGAAGCAGCAGUUCUGGCCCAGCGUCCCCGACCCGGCCAACAGCAGCCUGGGCAAAUGGGUGCCGGUGGAGCUGCAGCAGGAGCUUCCGCAAGUCCCCGGUGUGAGGGAGCCCGGACUGGCGACCAUUUCUACUGUCACGGUGCUGGAAAGAGCGGCAGGGAAGCAGGCGCCCGUUUGGGGCAAGGAUCCCCCUGCAGAGACCGCCAUUGCCUUCCCCGGGGUGUCCCAGCCCUACGUGCAGCAGGACGGCCCCGGCAGGGCCGCAGGGACAGGCACUUGCUCCUACGGGAGCGGCGAGACCGUGCAGUACGCGCAGGUGGCAGGGGAUGGCUACAAGGGCCAGCAGCACGUCCCGUGUCGCCUCUACCUCCGCUCCAGCUCCACGCAGCCCCUGCUUUUCGACCGCAGCCCCAGCCCCAAGCCCUACGAGAACCUGUGGUUCCAUGGGGCCACCCCCAGCCACGGCUGCCAGGGGUCCGGGGGCUUCCUGGAGGAGCCGCUCAUUGACUUCCCCCUGCUGCAGGGCCUGCAGAUCAGCGGGGCCGAGGAGCUCCAUGACUUCCAGCGGUGUUAA